ACUGUCUCAGUUCUCGGUUUUCUCGUUAAUCUGAUUGGCUUAGCUGCGUUGGGCCAUACUCACAGCCAUUCCGAUAGAAGUGGGCAUUCGUAUGGCCACGGUCAUUUACACGGACAUAGCCAUACUUUGGGGCAAAAGCAUUCCCACGUGCACUAUCACUCUCACGCUCCGGGUCAUGCUCAUGGUCAUCCGCUCCAAGAUGGUUCUGAACGAGCACCAGGCCAAGACAGAAUUGGCUUGCAUUUCUGCGAGGCUACAGAACAUGCAGAAGACGCCAACAUGCGUGGAGUCUACCUACAUGUUUUAGCCGACACUCUAGGCAGCGUCAGCGUUAUCAUCAGUUCCUACCUAAUAUCAACUUAUGGAUGGAACAUCGCUGAUCCUAUCUGCUCCCUUUUCAUCGCUAUUGUUAUUGGCUAUUCAGCCCUCCCUCUGGCCCUAGAUACUCUGACGACACUAACACUGCGCGUGCCCGGAAUCAGACACCCAGCCUCUCCUGAAAGGAUCGUGCGCACAGUAAGUGUUCAUAUGCCGACAAUGCAUCUUGCUACGUAUUUAACGUCCUAA